CCUUCUGGGAAACUGGAUUAACUUUGUGAGCACAGCACAGAACCAGCCAGAAACACGACGAGCAAACAGCAACUAGAGCAGCCAGAGCAGCCAGAGCAGCCAGUGGACGAGUGGACGAGCUGGUCUGGGAAACUUGAUUUCUCCUUGUCUGGAUCCACCGGGAGCAGAGAGACCGACAGUCAGGAUUUGUUGCUCCGUUAAUCCAUCACUUCUUCAUCCACCUCCUCCUCCUCCUCUUCCUCUCUGUCUGUCGGCCAACUGUGAACCAUCCGAGCAGCUGUAGCGACCCAGCGACUCCCGAUGUUUUUAUUUAACCUGCGUAAACCAUCGGUGUCAGUUACGUUAUUUAGCCUCGUUCCAAAUGAACCUUGUGUUUUUUAUCCUGUAUAAUUUAACUUGAUUAAAUCUUAGCCUUGCUUCUUAGUUUUCAUUUAGGGUGGAUCUAAUCUUUUAGCCUGGCAUGGCUCGGCAUGCUAAUCAAGCUUGCUGUCGAACCGCUCUAAUAUAGCCUGGUUGCAAGUUGUUCUAGCUUUAAACUUGCCUAGUUUAGCCUGACUAUAAAUUAGCCUAAAUGAAACUAGUUUGGCGGUAAUUUAGCAUAGUUGGUAGUGAAUGAGGCUAGAAGUAAAUUAGCCUGGUUGUAAUCCAGCUAAAUUAGCCUAGUCUGGCUUUAUCUUUAGCAGCUAAUUGAACUUUUAAAAUAAGCUUCAAUGGAUCCAGACACAGAAGAAGUUGAGGUGUUUUCAGGCACAGAAGUCCCGACUCCUCUGAAACCAGAGGAGGAGAAGGAGGAGAAGGAGGAAGAGGACGUGGAAGAAGACGCCCGGAUCUUCAAUGCCUGGAUGCAGAGGUACAGAGGAGGGAAGCAGCAGGAGAAGACCAGAGAGGAGCAAGAGGAGGAUGUGGAGUCCGAAGGAGGAAGGACUGAAAGCAGGAGCAGUUUGGAGCCGUUGGUCGGAAUGAGGCUCGACCGCCGGGCGUCGCUGCCGUGUCCGGCCACUCUCUCGGCCAUGCAGCUGUCUCGUCUCCACUCGUCCACUCAGGCUCCGGUGACGGCGAGAGUCCUCCUGCGUCGCACCUCCUCCCGCCGCCUCCUGCCCUCGCAGCAAGAAGCCCCCACCCCCGCCCCCGAGAGGAGACCCUCCCUCAUACCCACAAUCCCAGAGGCCAUCGCGCCCGAGAGGAGGGGCCAGUUCAGGAGACGCAAUGUCAUGUCGCUGAGCGACGCAGACAGUGUGUGUCUGAUCUGUCACAACGACUUACAUGGAGGAAGUGGUGGAACCAGAGAGCUGCAGUGUACACACACCUUCCACAAAGAGUGCAUCGAGGAGCGUCUGUGGAGGAAGCAGUCGUGUCCCACGUGUCACGUUCAGGUGUCGAUGCCUCAGCCCGUCUACUGGAGCUCCACCCGGGUCAAAGUCCCGUAAGAGGACGUCAGUAAACUCCCAGCAUGCAUCCAGAUGUGGGCCGUGUCACUCCUGAACUCCAGCUGUGGACGGUGACCUCAGUGUAGUCCUCUACAUGUCCCCCAGGGGACUAGGACAUCAUCGUAGUUGUCUGCACCUCAACCAGGAGAGGACGGUGACAUCAUCAGCUCAUAAAACUGUGAGAGACACAUGUCAGGUAGAUCAAUAUAUCAAAACUAUAUAACUAUAAAUAAUCAGCUGAUCUACUUCUCUACAAAGUGUGUAACACGUACGUGCACUAACAUUAGAUAACUUCAUACGUGACCAAUUAUUAUACUAACGUACAACCACAGAAUCCUCACCUGUGUGUGUGUGUGUGUGUGUGUGUGUGUGUGUGUGUGUGUGUGUGUGUGUGUGUGUGUGUGUGUGUGUUGUGUGUGUGUGUGUGAGAGAGAGAGAGAGGGAAAUUAUGAAUUUCACCUGCGACCCUGGCUCUGACCUCUAGGGGGCAGCAGCAUUAUUAUUAACAAAAUGUGAAUAAAAUCUGAUCAGUAAUAAAAUGAAGUUUGUUUCAGAAA